AUGUCAUCCUCUUACAAACAUUUGAUAAAUGUUGCUGUCCAGUGUGAUGUGAGGGACCCUUAUGCAAUGGUGUAUGACCAGCUUGUCAGUGUUGUUGGUCUGCCUGAUGUGGUGAUAAACAGUACUGCUGGAAACCUUAUCUCUCUCUCUGAGAAGCUUUCCCCCAAUGCCUGGAGAACCAUCACAGACAUAGUGUUGAACAGCUCGGCCUAUGUCACACUGGACAUCUGGAAGCGCCCCAUCAAAGCUGAGAAAGGUGCUGCGUUUCUGGCCAUCACCACAAUCUACGUUGAAAGUGGUUUUGGAUUUGUUGUGCUGAGUGCUGCAGCUAAAUCUGGAGUAGAAACGCUGUGCGAGUCUCAGGAAGCAGAGUGGGGCAGAUACAGCAUAAGAUUAAAUGUUAUUCAGUCAGGACCAAUCAAAACCAAGGGUGCAUUUAGCAGGCUGGAUCCCAUGUUUGAGAAGUCUAUGAUCAAUAGGAUACCCACAGGUCGUCUGGGCACUCCAGGAGAGAUCGCCAACCUCGCUGCAUACCUCUGCAAUGAUUACGCCAGCUGGGUUUCAGGAGCAGUCAUCAGAAUGGAUGGGGGUGAAUAUGUCUCUAUGGCUGGAGAGUUUAAUGAUCUGAAAAAGGUCACAAAGGAGCAGUGGGCCAUGUUGGAGUCAAUGAUCCGAAGCACAAAGGGAUCGUAAACCCUCUGAAACAGCAUUAGCAGGUGACUAAUCACAGUCCUAAUCUUAAUCUCCUUUUGUAACAGAGGAUUAACAUGGUAACCAUUUGGUAAUGUGAUAACACAUUUCAUUCAUACAGUAGAUCAUAUUGUACAUUCAAACGUACUGCCUUAAUGUACAUUUCAACCUCUGGACUCUUUAGGUUUUGUCCAGCCAUAUAUGAAAUAUCAUUAGUAGCCUACAGUAUUUGCUGUCCGUAUUAUUAUUAUUAUUAUUUUUAUACAUCAACUAAAAGGUUUUUGAUUUUCAAAGGAUUCAGCCUUCAAAGUAUUCAGGUUGACCUUUUCUUUUCUUUGUGACCUUUUUUGGCCUUUUUGAAGCAACAACUUCAAUCUAGAACAGAUAUUGCACUAAUCUUUAUUCUUAAUGUUAUACUAUUUAUAGAAAAAAGUCAUCAUAAAUAAUGUAAAACACAUUUUUGGGAUGUAAUUGACAUUUUUCUUUUUCUCAUCUUUUUUUUAAGUAAGGUUUCAUUCAAAUGACCACUCAGGAGUGUCCAUAUUUCUUUUCCAUUUUUCAGCUCUUACAUUCGACCUAGUGGUUUACAAUUUAGAGUACCAAUGCCAAGAGGCUCUCUGCACAUAUUACUUGUAGAGGCAGACCUAUAUAUCGGUUUUACCGAUUAAUCUGUGCAGAUAAUUACUUUCUGGAGCUAUGAGUUAUUGGAAAAAAUCUAUGUUGAUACUUGCCGAUAGUUUAUUAUUACUAUUAUUAUUAUUAUUAUUAUUAUUAAUACUCUGUGUUCCUUUGUGGCUG